GAAACAGUCUUCGACGAGAAAAACAAAGUUAGCAUCGUUGAAAUGACAUUUUGACAAUAAGAAAAAAAUCAUGCCUUGUGAAAAGACAAAAAGCUGUCUGUUCCAAUACAGAAACUGCCGACUGCUCCGUGAUCAUCAGCUUGUUACCGAUGACCUGUGGGUGCGAGAUGGAAAGAUUAUGGAUCCAGAAAAACUCUUCUUUGAGGAAAAGGUCAAUGCUGAUCUUCAGAUUGAUUGUAAUGGAAAUAUAAUUUCUCCUGGGUUCAUUGAGUCACAGAUAAAUGGUGGAUUUGGUAUCGACUUCUCCAAAUGUAAGGGUUCAGUCAGGGAAGGCCUCAAGAAGGUUGCUAGAGGAAUAUUAGCUCAUGGUGUAACAUCUUUUUGUCCCACCAUGAUUUCUUCUCCAAAGGAAACGUAUCAUAAGACAUUGCCAGAGAUGAAGAAAUUUGAUGGAAGCAAAGAAGGAGCAGGAAUGUUGGGUAUUCAUUUAGAAGGACCAUUUAUCAGCAGAGAGAAGAAAGGUGCUCAUCCUGAACAGUAUAUUUGCUCUUUUGAUGGUGGAUUUCAAGAUCUCUUGGAUAUGUAUGGAAGCCUUGAUGAUGUUGCCAUAGUAACUCUUGCACCAGAGCAUGAGAAAUCCAAGGAAGUGAUUCAACAGCUUGUGUCAAGAGGAAUUAUUGUUUCCCUUGGACACACAAUAUGCAGCUUAGUGCAGGGAGAAGAAGCCGUUCACCAAGGAGCUACGUUUAUCACACACCUCUUCAACGCCAUGCUUCCAUUCCACCACCGUGACCCACAUCUGGUAGGACUGCUGACAAGUCAGAAGCUGCCCAAAGGAAUUCAGGUUUACUAUGGAAUCAUCUCAGAUGGAAUCCACACACACCCGGCAGCCCUCAGAAUAGCACAGAGGGUCAACCCCGAAGGUACUGUGUUGAUAACUGAUGCAAUCCAGGCGAUGGGUCUACCAGCUGGUAAAUAUAUUCUUGGAGAGCAGGAGAUUGAAAUACAGGGUAAAAUAGCUGUGAUAGCAGGCACUGAUACACUCAGUGGCAGCAUAGCAACCAUGGACACGGUUGUAAAACAUUAUGCCAAAGCAACAGCAUGCGGAAUGGUUGAGGCUUUAGAAGCUGCCACACUUCACCCAGCCAAGCUUCUGCGGAUCACAGACAGAAAGGGAACGCUCGACUACGAAACCGACGCAGACUUCGUCAUUCUGAACGAUCGAUUGGAACCCCAGGCAACCUACAUCGCAGGAGACUUGGUGUGGGAACUCCCAUCGGGCAAAACAUUUAAAGUGAAAAAAGUUGAAAAAUAAUCCAAUGGUUCGGGUCAUGAAUCUGCUGCUCAACAGCGUGAUGUUAUAUACUUGUUAUGUGUUCUGCCAAAUCUUACCUCUUUUGUUAAAGGGACAUUUUUGAGAUUGCUGCGUUUUUUUAAGAUGUUAUCAACUAACAGAGACUUUUUAACGAUUGUAAUUACAUAUCAAAUAUAUUUGUCUGCAUAAAAUAUUAGUGGC